UAUUGCCCUUUCUUGCAAUAUGCAUUCGGGUAUUAGAGUUUACAAGCGGAGAAACAUUUGAAAGUAUCCGCGCGCACAAGACACAAUCAUUUUGGGCAAGAAAAAAUUCUCGCCUACGUUUGCGCAAGUCGCUACGCUGCCUUUAUUCAUUUUCCCUGCAAUUGAAUGAAUAAAUUAAUACACUUAUUAAGAAGCAAUUCGAACGUUGUGCUUGAUUGCUAUAAAUAACUUUAGCGAAAAAGGUUACAGUCGAGCGAAGGAAAAACUUUGUUGUACUUUGUGAUGAGCGUAAAGUUGAUGCGGUUAUUUAAAUUUUUAAUGCAUUAUUUGCAUUAUUACACAAUAUUUAUAAUUAAUUUACUCGGUUUAUUUAUAAUUAAUUAAGUCACUGAUGUACUCACGAUUACUUCGUCUUUGAAGAUUUUUUUUUUCAGAAGUUAUAUACGAAACAUGUUUUUGCGCAGCAUCCUCGUAGUUUUAUCUAUUUUCGAUAAAAAGAAAAACUGCUGACGAGUUUGAACAAUAAUCAUACGCGAGCGCAAUGAUUAUUGUUAAGACAGUUUUUCUCGAAUCGUUUCAUUUACAGACGCAAAAAGCAUCCGAGACAUAACUUUCGUGACAUUACCAUACGGCAAGGAUGAAAAAGUUUUCCAUUGAACUAUAAAGAUCGACAAGAUCUCUGUCAGGUGCAUACGUCUGACGAGGAGAGAUCAGGUGAUUUUUCUUUCUCUCGCCUUACUCGUGAUCUUAUUUUAACUCUUGUACUUGCUUCAUUUUUACGUGUUGAGGGCCGACCGCCGCACGAACCACGUCGCCACGCAGUCAAACGACGAUCGUUCGCCGAAAAUGUUCACCGGUUUUGGUACCUGUGGACGACUCGCUUUGUGAAUUGUAAAAUUAUUCAGUUGAUUUUCUCUUUUCGAGGCCUUCCUUUUCUCAGACAUGUGAAUUUUAGUGCUUCGACGGCAAUUCCUGCGCGUCAAGUUUUGUCAGUCUACGACGUAUAAUCAAACCAAAUCAGAGGCUACGAAAAUGCGAUUCGCGUCGUGCAUGGUGCUAAUAUUUACCUUGAAUCUGCAUACGAUUCCUGGAGAUUCACUGUUUCGUGACUUUGCGUUCCGGACGAAGGCAGUCUCUGGUGAUUACCAAGCGAAUGGAAAUAAUGUUUUACUCCAAAACCAAAGCGCUACUGACGUGACUUUGCUAGAAUUAAUAACACAAGCAAACUAUUCAGUUGAAAUACACCACGUUACGACCGAAGACCAAUACAUUUUAACAGUUUUUCGACUACCUGGUCCACCAGGUUCAACGCCUGUAUUUCUGCAACAUGGACUACUCGAAAGCUCGGUUGACUGGUUGCUCCCUGGAAAAGGAAGAUCACUCGCUUACAUUUUAUCAAACCACGGAUAUGACGUAUGGUUAGGAAACGCUAGAGGAAGUACUUAUUCAAGAAAACACAAGACUUUGUCCACCUCCGAUCCAAAAUUUUGGGAUUUCAGUUGGGAUGAAUUAGGAAUGUACGACCUACCAGCCGUGAUAACUUACAUAACAGAUCUCAAAAAGGAUAGUUUAUUCUACAUUGGGCAUUCCAUGGGAGCAACGACAUUUUCUGUUAUGGCUAUAGAACGGCCAGAGGUCGCUAAAAAGGUCAAGGCCAUGAUUGGACUUGCACCUGCGACGUAUGUGUAUUACAUUAGAGCGUCAAUAAAACUUAUUGCUCCGUUUUGGAAGCUAUUUCAGCACGUAUCGAAUGCACUAGGGAUAUAUGAAUUUUUCCCACACAGCUUGUUCUUCGAUAAUUUUGCAAGAUCCAUUUGCAAAACCACUUCGCUGCGCAACGUUCUAUGUAGCAAUCCAUUGUUUUUGAUUGCCGGAUUCAAUCCUGAAAAACUUAACUAUCCCUUGUUACCAAAAAUUUGGAGCAGUUUUCCAGCCGGAACAUCAGUCAAGCUAUUCACACACUGGCUCCAGCAGAUAGUUGUGAACGACCUUCGAAAGUUUGAUUAUGGAUUGCCAACUAAUUUGAAAAUUUACAAUAAAACGGAACCUCCUGUCUACGAUAUCUCAAAAGUUCAAGUACCUGUCGCACUACUUUGGUCUACUAAUGAUUGGUUAGUAGGACAAAAGGAUGUGGAGAAAUUUUAUAGCCAAAUUCCUUUGAAAUUAGGAAUGUAUAAAAUAGAGGAUGAAAAUUUCAAUCAUUUUGAUUUUUUGUGGGCUGUCGAUGCUCCAGAGCUAGUAUUUUCUAAAAUUAUUAACAUAAUGAACCAAUUUAGUAACAGUAUUGUUUGAAACUGUAAUUUUUGUAUAUACAAUCGGACAAUUUAGAUAUAACUCAUUUGUAUUUGAUUUUUAUAAGAAAAUGACGAAAAUAAAAUUAAUUAUGUAACCAUUGUGUAUUUGAAGAAAAAAAUAUUUUUACUCAAAUUAAAUGUAUACAAUACUUAACAAAUAUAUACAAAGCUAUUAUAGCGAGGUUAU